CCAAACGACUUUUCUGGCCAAGGAUAUUCUCCAUUCUUCGGCUCAAUGGCGGUGUUUCCGGGACAUUACGGCUCGCUGACGCCCAUAGCUGCCGGAAACCCGUACGGGUACCCGGGUAUGUACUAUCACCCGAUGGACAUCAACCGCGCGUACGCCCUCCGCAUGAUGGAGGAGAUGCAGCGGCGGGAGCAGCCACAGAAGCCGCCCUACAGCUACAUCGCGCUCAUCGCCAUGGCGAUCAAGAGCGCGCCGGACCGGAAGAUCACUCUGAACGGGAUCUAUCAGUUCAUCAUGGAGAGAUUCCCGUAUUACCAUGACAACAAGCAGGGCUGGCAGAACAGCAUUCGACAUAAUCUGAGCCUCAACGACUGCUUUGUGAAAGUGACUCGCGAAAAAGGGAAACCCGGAAAAGGAAACUACUGGACGUUAGAUUCAAACUGCGAGGAGAUGUUCGAAAACGGGAACUACCGGCGACGUAAGCGGAGGGUUAAGAUUCCAAUCAAAGAUGCCGAAGGCCAUGAUAGGCUUGUCGGCGAAGGUAAAGAGUACUUCGCAGAUGACGACGGUAAUCAUUCCGACACCGACUCGUUAGACGAGUUAAACGUGACGUCGGAUGAUGAGGAUGAAAAGCCCGCAGGUCACAGGGACCUGUCGACAACGUCGUCGGUGAACGACAGCGGUAUCAACGUGGGACACAGUGCGUCGGAGGACGAGCAUUCUAGAGACUCCACGGAUGCCGGGGUGUGCUUUAGGACAAAUUAUACAAUUGAUGCGAAUCACAGCGAGCGUUGCGCAAGUAAGAAAUCAGUAAAUGAGGUCACAGUUCCACACCCCGCGCACAGUCAGUUCUCAGGAAUUAAACGCAAAUUGUUCACUAUAGAUAGUAUAAUGGGAGUUGACGCUAACAGUACAAAUAAAGAAGCAAAAAGUGCGGCACAUUGUGAUAGUCAGACUGAGAACAGGAGUAGAGAGGACGACGCUCCACCGACCAAAAGGCAGAAGACCGAUAUAUUUGACAAAAUCCCCAGUCCUCCCCCGAAACUGAUCGAUCUUAAAGGCGGGAACAUGUCCACACUGCAGCUCUCCCUGGCCAGUGGACUGUACGGCAUGGGUCUCCACAGCAUGUACGCUAACAUUCCAUCGCCCUACUACCCGACGGACUCGGCGACGGCCGCGAUACUCGGGCAUGGGAUGCACGAGUUCCUCUAUCAGAACGUGUCCUCACUGACUCCCCGUAUGUGCGGUGGGUACAACGGAAGGGUGGUCGUGUCGCCUAGCGAAAGCAUGGAAUCUCCAAAGCCAUCGGCGACCUGCCUCCCGAGGCUGCACUCCACUUCAAGGUUACAAUAAACUAAUUAGUUCAAAGAUAAAAUAGAGACAAAGUGAACCCAAUCAAAUACAACUUUGUAUAAGAUUUAGUCGUAACACUUAUUUGCUAGAUCUUAUUCUCUGCACAGUAAUUUUAAAGAGGACAUUUAAUUACUAUGUUGUAAAAACAUUGUAAUUAAUAUUAAGCAUGAUACAAAGUAUGGACUGAUUGACGUAUUUCACAGUGCGCACGUGACAGUUAUAGCUAUAUUUUGUGGUUGUUAAUGAUGAA